AUGCCACAACCAAAAGAUCCGAGAAUUAAUAAUCGAAAAUCAUCACAAAUACCAAUUAUUAUUGAAAAUAAAGAAAACGAUUCAAUGUCAACAAAUAAUAAAGUAUCAACUAAAAAAAUUAAUACUAAUCAACAAAAAACAAUUAUAACUGGUGUUUCAAGACGAAGUUCAACAAUUGAACAUGAUACUAAUGAACAAACACGAUCAGCUCCACCAUCACCUGCUCUAUAUCAUCAUGGUAAACAACGAUCUAGUCAUACUCCAACAUCUACGGAUACACCUGAUAAUAAUGCUAAAUCUGCUUUGAAUGAUUCUUUAUUAUUAACAAAUGGUUCGAUUGAUAGUUUAUCAUGGGGUACACUUGAAGUACGAUUAAAAUAUGAUGCUAAAAAUAGUAGAAUGUGGGUGUUUGUCAUAAAAGCAACAUUAGAAAUGACUCAAGAUACCUUAAAACAAACGCUUGUUCAGGUACAUUUAACACUUUUACCCAAUAAACGUACUCGUCUUCGUACACGUAUUAAACCAAUUAAUAAUGCUAUGUUUGCAGAAGAAUUUUUUUGCAAAGUAUCACCUGAAACAAUUCAAACACAAGGUAUUCGUUUUCGUUUAUAUACAUAUGAACGUUUUAGACGUGAAAAACUUCUUGCCGAAGCAACAGUUAUGUUUGCUAUGGUUAAUCUCGAUGAAGAUAUGUGUAAAAUUAUUCCAUUAAAACGAGCUUAUCCAUCACAAGAUUCUGAUAUAGGUAGUCGUAGUAACGCAAGUGGUACUUGUCCAUCACCGAACAGUUCAGUUUUUCGUACAUGUGGCGAAGGAAGUGUAAAUUCUCUUUUACCAGAACUUGAAAUUGGUUUAGCUUAUGAUAGAACUCAUUCAAUGCUUAUACUUGAAAUAGGAAAAGGAAUUAAUUUUGGUCUAUCAACAUUAACUCAUCCUCCUGAUACAUGUGUUCAAAUAAUACUUCGUAAUUCAACUGGUGAAGAAAUUACAACAAAUCAAACAGUUACACGACAUGCACAAUAUCAUCCAAUAUAUGCUGAACGUUAUCCAUUUAAUAUUCAAGGAAAUUUUCUUGAACAAAUUACAUUUGUUAUUUCUGUUAUUAAUAAAAAAUGUCUAAGUAUAGCUGACCAUGAUUUCGGAUAUAUUUCAUUUGGUCAUGAAGCUUCUAGUCCUACCCAAAUUUCACAUUGGGAAGCAAUGCUUAGUGCACAUGGUGAAACAAUAACAAGAUGGCAUACUUUAUUAGAAAAAUGA